CCAUGAACGUUAUGAAUGUGAUGACGUCGCCGCAGAUGCAGGUGCUCGUGCACGCCGAGGGGGCGGGAGCGCGCCGUGUUGACGGACUGGAGAGGCAACAUGUCCACCGCAGCCGCCGCGCAGCUGAACAACAAUGAAGAACCGGGACUCAACGGGUCCUGGGUGGAGCUGGAGAUGAACGGAAACACUCAGCAACAGAACCCCAGCUCGCCCUCUCUGCAAGGGAACGGGAACCAAGGCGAGUCCCAUGCUUCACAGGCCCUGGAGGCCGUGCAGGAGGAAGACGAGGUCCUGACAGGAGGACUGGAACACGUGCCUUCCUCCUCCUCUAUCCAUAACGGAGACAUGGAGAAAAUCUUACUGGACGCUCAGCACGAGUCCAGCCCCAGCAGCUCGUCCUGCAACAGCCCACCGCGACCACACAGUCCUGACCAGGAUGAGGGGCAGAUCACGUUCGACGUGGAGAUGCCCAGCGAGAGAGACUGUCAGUCGGAAGAUGAAAGUCUGGAGAAGGACAAAGAAGAUGAUAUCCUCAUGAAUAAAGGGGAGAGUUGGGUGGCAGACUGGUCCAGUCGACCAGAGAACAUUCCCCCGAAAGAAUUCCACUUCCGCCACCCGAAGCGCUCUGGAUCGGUGUCUCUGAGUAUGAGGAAGACAGGUGCUAUGAAGAAAGGUGGUGUGUUCUCCGCCGAGUUCCUCAAAGUUUUCGUGCCCUCGCUGCUGCUCACCCACAUCUUGGCUCUAGGACUGGGGGUCUACAUUGGGAAGAGAUUGACUACACCCUCCACCAGCUCAUUUUAAACCUGAACAGAGAUCCCAGUGCCUGGAUGGCGGCACAGCAGUGUCCAAUCGUGUGAUGAUUCCUCUUUUUCUCUCUCUCUCCGACUUUCUCUUCAUCGUUUCUUUAACCCACGGUCCUGGUUUUCCAUCACACCCUCUGCUGGGAGACCUUCUGCUUGUUGACCUUUGGCUGUGUCGCAUUUUCUUGCCCUCGAAACGCUGUGGCUUACUGACAUGUUUUAGAUGUUUUUAUUUGGACAUGUAGCGAGUUAUUCACUGAUGUUUAUUUGUCAUGACACGCUACUACACAAGUUAGAGCCCCACUACAAGCGCGGCCAUAAUAUGCUUUUAUUUCUGCAUGACGCACUUCAUAUGUAUCUAAUAUAAAGUCUGGAAGUGGCCCCCUGUGAUAUAGUAUAUUGACUCUUCAAAGGAAAUUUAAGAGGGUUGCUAUAGGAGGGUUGUGAUAUUUUAUUCUAGACAGAUAAUUUUGCUCAUUACGUUGCGCGAUUUAAUUUAUUCCCUUCUUCCCCUCUUCUGUCACGGCAUCGAAAAUGCAUGUUAGUCAUUUGCUUUCGUAGGAGUACGUUGACUGUUUGAAGACCAAGUCGUUCUUUGUAUAUGCCAGUGCACUCGCUGCAUAGCUUUGGACUGUUACGAAAAUUAUUUAGAGACUUAGAAUGUAAAUCUUAGAGGUUCCUCUCGGUUCCGUUUUAGGCCCUUUUCUGUUUGCUUUUCACUUCUUUAAAGAUCCGAUACGACAGGCUAGGACCGACGCGUCGCUUUAUAGCAGCUUUGUAGUUUAAAAAUAUUAGUAAAACACAAACUUACAUGAACAAUACAGGUUUUUCUAACCGAAAGACCUUAAGCUAAAGAGAUCAGCAUGGACGUACAUCUGUUUAAGAGCCAAACUGGUCGGGUUAGUUGUUUUUUUUUGCGUUAUUAAGGAAGCUACGCACACACACACACACACACACACACACACACACACACACACUCUGGUUUGCCUUGAUGCAUAUCCUGCAGCAGUUUCUGACUGUGUAUCUUAGUGCCAAAGGGUUUCCACCGCCAACCCAACAUGCGUCGUUUGCACCUCUCAUAGACUCGGUCUGGUUUGAGUGAGUUAUUGAUCCCGUCAGUCACUCCAUUUUGACAACAUCUUACAAAGGCCUUUGGUUUUACUGUGAACUUCCUGUGCAUAUUAGGCUCAGCGUCGCUGUAGUUGUGUAUCAUACGCUGUUGAACACAGAUCCACACUCCAUGUACAUAUUUAUAUGCAAUAUGGUGUAGUUUUACAGAUAAAACUACUCAUUUAGGAGACUUGAACAGGUUUACACUCGCUGAUUUGCCGAAAUUUGUCACAAGCAUGUCCGGGUCGUGUUUCAACCCAUGUUAUUUUAAUUUAUAAAGAAUUUUCCCCAUUUUCUCAUUAGUAUAAUUUUAAAAAAGUAUUUACGUUUGGUUAUGUUUGUUGCACUGCCCUUCAAUUUUAUAUAUAUAUAUAUAUAUAUAUAUAUAUAUAUAUAUAUAUAUAUAUAAUUUUUUUACUAUUAUAGUUUUUUUUUUUUUUUUUUUUAUACUUUUUAUUUAUGGGUAAAAGAUAACCAGGACAUUUUCUUGACAAGUUUUAUAAUUCACCCUCACAGUAUCAAGCAACGCUUCUACUAAGCUAAGUUUUUCAUGCAAUAGAGUUUUGCCAUCCAAACAAACACGUCAUCCUCUGCAUUAAGGCCAUCUGUGUCAUUGUGCCACUUCUUUACUCUGUUUUCAUGCUUUUUUUUUCUUCCCAGAGGGGGAGUGGAAAUACAAGAGGCCAAUUUAGCGUCACUUCAACCGUGCCUCGAUAUUUUUUGUUUGCACCUUUUCUGAGCCCCAUUGCAUGCGCGCGUUCAGAUAUUUCACGACGUGACGGAGGUGAAGUUUUCCCCUGCGUGGGGUGGAAUGAGAACUGUGAAUGGAAUAGCCGUAGCUCGUGUCAGAUAUGCUAAACUGUUUUACGCACAUUACGAUGUUUUCUUUUUCUGUUAUAUCUCUCUUUUGUUGUUUUGCUUCAAGUCAUGAGUGUGGAUACUGGAGGGCGGGGCCCUCGUGAUUGACAGCUCCACCGCGCGUUUCGUUUGAAUUACCACAGCGACUGGUGUGACGAAGCAACGAACAUGUAGUUUCUUGUGUUUCGCCGGUAUUGGAGGAAACGUGAACUGAUAUUAAAAUAUAACCUGACAUUCAUCUUUUCUUUUGUUGUCAUUCCAUCGUUGAACGCUCCUCGUGUGUUUUGUUUUUGCCGUGUGACGAGUUAGGAAGCUACGUAAAGCCCGUUCUUUUCGUUUUGCCUCCCUAUUUUGUUCAUCACAUAAAUGUUCUUGCAUUCAUGUGCAUGCAGGACUGAACAAAUGUAGAUUAAAACUACGGUACAGUCAAUUUGGUGCUUGUUUUUUUACAUAAAUAUUUAAAUUUAAACUAAUUUCAGUACAUUUGCAUGUUUAAUUUGCUGCACAUAAAAUGUAGAUAAUCAAAACAUCUCAUCUUUUUAGUAAGCAUUUUAUUUUGAUUUGACAUUAAUUUUAUUUUUAUGAGAGAGCUUCAGCUGUCUAACAAACAUUAGACAACUGAACGACAAAUUAUAGGAAAAUGACGAUUACGGCCUAUUUCAAACACGCCCCUUUUUCCUAAAAUGGUGACUUUUUCUGUGUGUUGUCCCAGGUUUGUAUUUUAUAGUUCAAACAGUAGUGCAUGGCGCUAAUAAAGUAAACUUUGACUUUGAACUUCAACACCAAAAUGUGUUUCUCAAAUGCAAUAUUUCCACCAAACCCAAUUUUGGAUCUCUCUCAGCGGUUUGAUCAAUUUGGUGACCGUGAUAAAAAAAAAACCUCAAGUUUCGUCCUAUUCCUUUCCACCAAUUUAAUAGAUUUUGUCAACAUUUUGAUGACCGUUGCCCUUGCUAUAUGUGUCCAAUCUAUGCCAAAAUUGGCUCAUACCUUAUACAGAUCAACCAAAUGAAUGUUAAGUGUUCAGUACAGUUCUCCAAAAAUAUGUUAAGUUGUUGGCGAAGCCACCAAAAUGGCACAUGAAAUCAAAAAACUUUGUAUAUUGACACAAAACUUUGCACUGACUAUCUACGUUUUUUUCUAACGCCGAGCGGAUGCGGCCAUUUGCAAUCUGUAUUAUUGAAGUCUGUUAUUUUUCUGCAUGAGCCCAGUCCGUUAUCCUUUAUUAUAUUGGCAGUUAUCAUGCAGAUGAAGAAUCAGAAGUCUCGCGCGUUCAAAAAAAAAAGCAUAUAUAUGAAUAUAAUUUCCACAAUGCCCUAAUAUUUAAACGUAAAUACAAAUACUUCCUGUAUCCAACACUAGGGGUGCUGUGACCAAAAAAAGAACGGCUGUGUUUAUUUAUCCCUUUCUUUCCCUAUGAUCUAUCAUGUAUCUAUGCCAAAACCGCUUUAGGAUUUCCAUUACUGUUAAGUUCACAUUAAUCCAUAGGUGAAGGUAAGAUAGUGCCCCUGUCGUGCAAGUUCUCGAUGUAAAGGCGCACGAGCGUGUGUUCGAUGGAAUAGCUCGUGGUUUGCGUGAACUACGGAUGCAUGUGAUCGUCGAGCACCGUGAAUGUGAGGUUUUGUGCUUUUUGUUGGGUAAAAAAGCCUCCAGACAGGCAAGCAUGCGACCUGCGCUCUCUGACGGUGGUCUCUCCUGUCCUAAUGCAUGCUGCAGGUUACAGAAAACCGCAUGGUACAGGAUACGCUUUUAUUCUGUUAUGUGCAAACUUCGAAUAUGGAAAGCUAACAAAUGCUUCAGUAACGGAUAAAAGCAAAUUGUUGUUUUGUUUAAAGGGAAAGUGCACCCGAAACGUCAGACACUCACCCUCGUGACCUUUGUUUCUUCACGAAGCUGAUUGCUAUUAUAAUAAAAUGAUAAUAUAUAACAAUUAAAAAAAAACAUUCAAAUUGGGUUGUAGCUCGAAUUUGAGUGCUCCUCACAUAAAGGACUACAUGACUUUAGAAGACCUAGAAUAUAGUGUAGUUGUAUGCACUACUCUCGUCCUUGUAAACCUUACAUGCAACGUAUAAAAAGCAUGAACAUCUUUUGUGAAGAAGAAACCAAAUCUAAUGGCUUUCGACUUUUUUUGGAUGCACUUUCCCUUUAAGAGCUCACUCAAACUGAGGGAGUGUUUGAAGAUGAUUUGUGAUGUUCAUCUUUCGUUUCACGGUGGAACCAACAGGUACUUCAAGCUGUUAUAUUUAUGAUCCAUCGUUGUCUUGUUUUCAUGAUUCUUUUAUGCCAAUGCCAAAAGAAAAACCUCCUCUCCCAUGUUUCCUUCACUUGCCUUAAUUACCGCAUUAACUUUUAUUUGGUUGGUUUAGAUGGUUGGUUGAAACCCAACCAGCUUCGGUUCUCAUAAGUCACCCACUGUGAAUAAUUGUUUUCGCUAAAUAGAUUUAGUAACAUUUAGAUCGCAACGUGAACCUGUGUCCGUUGAUUUGGUUUACUUUAAAAGGCUAGUGUGCUUUAUUUUAGUGAUUACGGUGAUCUUUUUCUUCAUAGGACUGAAAUUCUGUUUAAAUCUUGUUCAUAGGUGGACAUUGAGCCGUUAGCUUUCUUUUGCCAAAGCAUUUUUUAGCCGACCAUUGUAGAAUUUGAACUGAAUUUGACUGAUUCACGACACUGGUGUAAAUCCACGUCUGGUGUUUUGUUUGCAUUAAAAGUAGUUAAAUGAUGAACAGA